AUGUCACGAUUAAUUUUUCUUACGCUUCUUUUAGCUUUUAUUGGGUUUACUUCAGCCCAGGUUGGACAAGUCAACACACCUAGUGAUAAAAUUGCAACUGGUGCCAAUGUUAUAAUCACUUGGAUGUACACCCAACAAGUAAAUCAGAUUCCAGGCACUUUAAGUUGUGUCGAUAACUCAACAAAAAAUACAGUUCUACUUAGUAGUACAGUAGAUCUCUCCGCUCAAUCUUAUACAUGGUCGGUCAAUGUUCCCGCGGGUACUUAUUACCUUGCUCUUAACGAUGGUAGUGGUGAUAAGUACUCUGGAACUUUUAUACCAGAACAAGUGAAUCAUCAAAACAAACCACAACACCAACCAGCUUGUCCAGUUCUGCUACAAGCUUCACUAAAUCAUCCACUUUUGGAUACAAAUAUUUGCUUAGCCUUAUUAUGGUGGCAACAGUAA